UCUGGGGUAUAAGGACUGUGAUGUGGGGGGUCUGGGGUGGGUCUGGAGGGUCUGGGGUACAAGGACUGUGAUGUAGGGGGGUCUAGGGGGUCUGGGGUACAAGGACCGUGAUGUGGGGUAGUCGGGGGUGGGUGUGGGAUACAAGGACUGUGAUGUGGGGUAGUCGGGGAUGAGUCUGGGGUACAAGGAGUGUGAUCUGGGUGGGUCUGGGGGCCGUGGAGGUGGGACUGGGGAGCUGAGGUUGAUGUUUGGGAGGGGGCUGCUUGUGGGGCUGGGCCUGAGGGUCUCAUUGGGGGGAGAAGAGGCUGUGGGGGACAGGGGUCUGCAGGGCUGUGUCAGCACACAUUACCCACCGCUCGGGGGUCCCGGCUCAGCCCCUCACACCCUUGGUGCCCCCUCCCCACGCCCCCAGGCCGGCACCAUGGCGCAGGUGGGGCACAGGGUGGAUUACCUGGCCGGAUUCUGCUGCCCGGUGGGGGGGCUGGUGGCGGGCAAGCCGCGGGUGCUGUGCCACGAGAACGAGAUCUACCUCUCCAACGGCACCGAGUUCGUCUACGUGUACGACCAGGAGGGCAAAGUGCUCAAGGCUGUGUUCCGCUGCCCCGACCAGGUGUGGCACGUGGAGCUGCUGCCCCAGCCCCGGCAGCUCUACAUCCUGUGUGCCCACAGCGGGAUCUACUGCGUGUCCCUGGAGCAGCAGAGCAGGUUAAUGGAGCAGACGGACGGCGACGGCCAAGAAAGCAACGGCCCCUCCGGCGUCUUCCCGGUGGAAGCGGACGCCUGCAUCUUCCCCGACGCCAGCCUGAGCAUGUUCACCCUGCUCAGCACCUUCGUCAUCACGCUGGCCCAGGACGAGGGCAAGUGGUGGAUGCGGCUGCACGAGCUGCCGCGCCCGGAGCAGGACGGGCCCCCGUACCGGCAGGUCAGCCAGGUGGAGUUCUGCCCCGGGAGCCCUCCUGGGGAUGGUGCAGGGGACGCGCCGCCCUCCUGCUUCCUGCCCGUGCUGUGCUGCGCGGCCGCGCCCGGCACCCAGGGGCUCUGGUGCUCGGGGGGCUUCGUGCUGGAGGAGCCCCUCUUCAGCCUCCUCUUCGGCAUCGACGUGGCCAUGCUGGAGUCGCCCAUGAUCCUGUGCGGCUUCCCGGACGGGCAGCUCUGCUCCGUGCCCCUCAAAGCCCUCAGCUCCUCGCCCGCCGCCGACGGCUGCCGCGACGUGUCCACGCCGGCGCCGCCCGUGAAGAUCCUGCACCACCUGGAGGAGCCCAUCGUGUUCAUCGGGGCGCUGCGCACCGGGCGGCAUGGACACGACGACGACGACGACAACGACGACGACACCGACACCGAGGCGCCCGCGGGCGAGCCCGGCUGUGACUGCGUGGUGGCCGUGGGCCACUACGGGAAGAUGGUGGCGGUGAAGGCGGAUCAGCGGGAGGAGGCCACGGUGCCCGAGCUCAGGGAGUAUUACCUGCGGGGCCCCAUCCUGUGCGCGGCCUGCGGCAGCGGCUCCCGCAUGUACUACAGCACCCACUCCGACAUCUCCGCCGUGGACCUGGACUGGGCGGGCGACUCCUCGGACCCCGAGGACACGGAGAGCGGCGCCGGCGUGCUGCCCCCCGUGCUGUCCCCGGCCAGCCUGAGUAUCUGUAGCGUGGUGGCGCUUUCCUUGUCCUCCCGGGCCUCGGAAGGGGAGUCGGAGCUGUUGGCCCUGUCGGCCAAGGGCCGCCUCGUGUCCUGUGGGCUGUGCAGCCCCGAGGAGCCGGACGUGGAGCUGACCCCAGCUGAGAUCGGCCGGAGGAUCAAGGAGCUGCUGUCGGGGAUUGGGGACACCUCAGAGAGAGUGUCCUUCCUGAAGAAAGCUGUGGACCAGAGGAACCGAGCCCUGGCCAGCCUGAACCAGGUGAUGAACGUGAGCGCGGCGCUGCUCUCCAGCCAGGAGGGCCACAAGCCCAUCGCCUGCACCGUCACUGCCAACUGGAGCUGCCUCCUGCUCCAGGACACCGUCACCAUCUCCUGCUUGCUGGAGAACUGCAGCGAGUACAGCCUGGAGGAGGGCUGGACCCUCUGUGUCCAGCUCCUGGCCAGCCCCUGUGCCUUAGAGGAGGAAUCCAUGGAUUCGGCCACCACCUUCACCUUCCCCAUUGACCAGCUGCUCCCUGGCAACAAGCGGGAGCUGACGCUGCCCCUCGGCCCCGCUGCCGACACCAAGCUGGACCUGCCUCUGACCAUCUCCUGUGCCCUCUACUACAGUUUGAGGGAUAUUUUGGGCAGUGGCUCCGACUCCUCCGAGGACCUGGAUGACUUCCUGCCCGACGACUCGCCCCUGCUGUCCCCGGACAGGGAGGGCAUCUGCCUGCCCCUCAGCCAAUGCACCAUUGACAUGCUCCAGUGCCUCCGUUUCGGGAGCAGCCCCCCCGGGCCCAGCGCCCCCCCUGCCCCCUCAGACCCUGUGGAGACCUUCCUCAAAGUGUCCCGGGAACAGACUGAGCCCGAGGAGGGGAAAAGCCCGGCAGAGGAGAGCCUGCCCCCCUCGGCAGCGUCCAUCCGGGUGUCCUCGGAGCUGCUGAAAAGUGCUCUCAAAACCUCGGAAACAGAUGUCCCACUUUGCUGUGCCACCCUGCGCUGGCUGCUGGCUGAGAACCCCGGGGCCGAGGCGCUGAGCACGGAGGUGGCAUCGGUGUGUGGCACGGCACCCGACGGUGCCCACGUCCAGCUGCUCGUCAGAGAGGUGGCCAUGAAUGACCUGAGCCCUGCAGGUCCCAUCCAGGCUGUGGAGAUCCUGAUGGAGAGCCCAUCCCUGGCCCACAUGUGCAGGACACACCACGCCGUCAUCCGGCGCAUACAGGCGCUGGUGCUGGAGCAGGCGGCGCAGGGCUCGGGCCCCCCCGACCUCCGCAUGCAGUACCUGCGUCAGAUCCAGGCCAACCACGAGAUGCUGCUGAAGGAGGCGCAGACCCUCCGGGACCAGCCCAGCCUGGCUGGGGACGGGGCUGAGGGCUCUGCCACGGCCACCGAGAAGCUCCUGAACAUCUACCGGCAGCUGCGGAACCCCAGCCUGGUCCUGCUGUGAGCGGGGGGCGGCCAGCCCGCCCCAAACCCCGCCGGCCGGGGUGGGGGCCCGCGGGAGAGCCCCCCAUCCCACCUCACCCCAGCCCACCAGAGCAGGGGCGGGGCCGGUGGCCGGUCCGGCGGGGGGUGUGUCUGUGCGUGUUUCGUGGUCGUGUUGUCGGCAGCACCGGGGGCGUCUCGGGGCUCCGGUGGCGGAGCGGGGGCUCCUGGGCUGGCCCAGCCCUGCCCCGCCGCCCCCCAGCCCGGCCAGGCCGGGGCAGCCCCCCGGGGCCGCGCUGUCUUGUGGAUCCGUGGUAGUGUAGUGGCCGUGCCGAGCCGAGCCGAGCCGGGCCGGCCGCGGGCUGAGCCCCCCGAGCCGCCUUCAGGAUCAGGACAAACAGGGUGCUGUGCCCGGGGGAGCCCCGUUUUCUGCUGGGCAGGGGAGGGGGUCUCCGCUCCCCCGUUGUUUCUAUAAAUGAUCUCGUAUCUCCAUGCUGGUGCGGCGUGGUCCGGCCGCGGCCCCUCCCGCACCUCUCCACUGUCUGUAACUCUGUCGUCUGCCAUAAAAACGAUCCUGUUGCUCA